CACUCUCAUCUUUGGCUUUCAUUGAGUGAGGAUUUACUACGCAGUCAAAAUACGGGAUAUGAACGCUCAAUCGUUGAACACGCGUAAUGCAUCUGGGAUUGCGAAUGAGGCUUGUAGCACCGAGUUCUUAUGUAGAAUUCCAAGUAUUGCAAAGGAUUUGACCCAGUUAAAGAACACUGGCGAGAACUUUGUUCUGUGGGAACGAGAGCUGAAAGUCAUGAUUCAUAACCUUUCUGGAACGUCCGACUACCUUCAAGACCAGUUCGACAAACACGAUCCAAAAUUAAACCGAGCAGUUUUCAAUCUCAUAUUCUGGUCAAUUCACAAAGAACUCCAACAUUCUCUUAACAUCGAUGGGUCUGCUGGAGAAGCCUUUCAAGUCUUGGCAGAUCGAUUUCGAUCGGCCCCGUUGACUCCAUGUAUCAUGAAUCGGGCGGAUCUCCCUGAAGAAAUUUUAGACAUCAUCGUGAAUAUUGUUUACCUUUAUUCUUCCAAAGAGUACAGCGCUAUGCGUCAGAGAAAACAGGAGAAUAGGGGAUCAUGGACUUCCCAGGAAGACAUGGAGGACGGAGUAUACAAACGACUACCGCCUCUCACUACCUUCCAAAGCCUGGCUUUGGUCAAUCGAAAGUUUUACAGGCUCUGUCGUCCUAGAUUGUGGCAGAACCUCCGAUUUCCAACCUCGUUACCUACUUCUUUGUCACAUUGGACCCAAGAUAUACUCUUGAAUCAUGGGAAGCGAGUCAAAACUUUCAGUUUUCGAUUAGAAGACAUGUCGCUUAUCACCUACGUCGAUGGAGAACUUUCAGACUUGGAAAAGAGUGCUUACGAUAACACAAUGCCAAGAGGUGAAUUAGAAGACUUGACGGAAUACUCAGUAUUCGGAAUUGGACAGACGAACAUUCGAAAAAUCUUCAAAGCCUGUCCUUGUCUAGAGUCGGUAAUAAUGUGUAUUCCAGAGAAUACAUAUGUCUCACAGCCGUCUUCUGCCAGGACAUCCCGCUUGAUAGGUCUAUUUGGACUUAUCCCCCAACUUCAACAUUUAAGAUUGACGAGCCUCAGAUACAACUUAGGUCUUACAGGCGAAAUUGUGAUUGAUCUUCUCAAGAAGCUACCGUCUCUCGUAUCAUUGGACCUCUGCCACUUCAAAUUUUUUGAAAAGUCCACCACAGAAGAAUCCUUGGGAUGGAACCUGGCCCAGCUUCAGAAGCUCUGCGUAAUACGUCUUUUUGAGGUCACUUGCGAAGAUCAAACUUGGAACUUGAAGUCUUGGCUCCAACAGCUUACAACACUUGAGAUUAGCGAUUGUCCUGGGUUGACACCUCGCAUGGUGCACAAACUCCUCAGUGGUUCUGCUCCCUGUCUCACUAGACUUAAGUUACACGUUCAGCAUCUCUCAGGCAAAUCAGAUUUCGUUGAUCAGACUGAUCUCCCGGCUCUUAAACAACUCAUCCUCGGAAGUGAAGCAGGGGUUUCCAUUUUAAGCUUUAAGGGUUGUAAAGACAUAGAAUUGAUUAAAUCUCCUCGUAUAAUGACCAAUGAUCUAUGGGACUCGAUGAAGCAUCUUUUAUCUAUAUACACAUGGCCUAAGCUCUCAGUUUUGGAUCUUCAACAUAGACAGAUGUACAUUGAUCGAAGGAAUUCGCAAAGACCAACUAAGAAGGACGUGGAUGAAAUAUGGGAUACUUUAAACAUCAGAAUCUUGAUCACUAGAAAGAGGAGUCUUGUGCAUCUAUCUGGAUAG